AUGGUGUCAAUAGACAAAUUCGGGAGGCUGCGCCUACCAAAUGUCCGCAUCAAUGUCUCAAAAGUGGUGGAAUUUAUGGGAUUUGUUGGGCGUACGAAUGAUGUUGAGCUUGUCAUGUACUUGCUUGAAAAUGCUGUCUCUCUUGAGAAGAUGAUUAUUGAUGUUCGCGAUCCUCUCUCGGUGGGAAAGCCAUUGGAGUUUAAUGAAACUGAUAAGAAACAAGCAGCCAGAGAGUGUGGGAGGCAGCUCAAAGCCAAUUUACCUUUUGGGGCCAAAUUAGAGAUUAUUUAA